UGAUUGGAAUGUGAUAUGACCUUAGAACCUGCAGGUGGCAGCAAUGAUCAGAAAAGAUGCACUGAAUUCUUCUUUAUAACUGAGACAGCUCAAAGAGAGAAAAAAGACCAAGACGAGAGACAGAGGCAGACACAGAGAUCACAACAUUGUAUCUAUACACCAUAUCCAAUGAAUCAGAUGUGAGUACUGGAUUGUAAGACAGUAAACAACAUUUCUCUGUUUUGGUACCUGCAGUAAAUUUUCCUUAAAGAAUGAUGCAAAGGUAUUUUGGGUGUAAUACUGGAAACAGAUGGAUUUGAGUCACUAUGAACAAGAGAGAAGUAUAUUAAAAAGAAGAGAACGGGAACGACGAACCCAAGAAGUUCAACAAGAUGACGACUUGAUCGCUGCUGGUUUAAAUCUUUUCAGUGAGCCCUACAAGACCAGCAAAGAAGAUGCUCUUGCCAACCUUGUCCAGAACGCCUUAGGGAAUUAUGAUGAAAUGAAAGAUCUGCUGACAAGCAAUACAGAUCAGAGCCAUCUGAUAGGAAUUCCCAAAAAUUCAGUAUCUCAAACUCCAACUGAGAAAACAGACCUAAUCUUCUUUUCUGAGCAGAGGAACAUACUCUUUCAAUUGCUCCAGAACACUGAAAACACUUUCUCAACAAUGCCACUCCAGUCUACUGUCAGCUCUAACACUUCAUCGCACAACCACCAGACGCAAAAGAAAAGCAGAAAUGAAUGGACACAGAGCAACCUCAGUUCAUCUAAUGUACACUGGAGUCAGUCAAACUCUCAUCAGAACAGGGCAAAACACAAUGAAUUUCAUGAUCUACAGCAAGACCCAUGUGAUGACUUCUUCAACAGUCAGAAAGAGCAACACAAAAUUAUCCCCCAAGGAGGUCUGGAGGAUUCAAGUCUCAUAUCCUCAUCUUCUCAGUCUAGAAGGCACGGUCACUCUAGGUCCUACAGAGGAGAUCAUUCUUACAAAGAAUUAACAUCUCCAGUAGAGAGUGAAAUUCUUUUGCAUAGCUCUGGAUCACCAGUCCCAUCAACCUCUAUAUUAUCUGGCCUUUCAACCCCAAAUUUUCCUCCUGUACUUCAUCACAAACCAAGCAUGAUGCAACAGAAACCCACAGCAUACGUAAGGCCAAUGGAUGGUCAAGACCAAGCUCCAAAUUAUUCUCCUGUAUUGAAGCCAUCAUCAGAAAUUGAGGACUCAUUUGCUAGCCAGUCACUUGGAACAUUACUGGAUGGGAAGACCAAUGCAUCUAAUGCAAAAAGCAAGUUGCCGAAGCUUAUCAUUCCUCAGGCUGGUGAGGCUAGCCAUAACAAUGACUCCAGCUUUGUCGAAGAGAUUCUACGGGAGAUGACACAUUCAUGGCCACCUCCUCUGACAGCAAUCCACACUCCUGGUAAAGCCGAGCAGACCAAGUUUCCCAUUCCAAACAAGGAGUCACAUCAUCUGAUCUCUGCCUGCAAUGGACAAAGGCAGAGUGAGGCUCCCUGCAGAGCUGCAGCAAAACCCGUGCCACAGAAGUCAAUGCUUGAAGAUGAUCUAAAACUCAGCAGCGAUGAAGAUGAAAGAGAAGAGAAUGUGCAAGAGACAAACCAAAGAAGCAUUCCUGUGAACUGUCUGCCAGUACAAGUAGCACCUGGUGUAGAAUCAGUACACUCCAGUGUGGGCCGGGGCAGCUCCAGUGACUCGGAGACUACAUCAGGAUCCGAUUCUGACAGUGAGACCAGCUCCAGUGACAGUGCAUGCAAUGGAAAAUCUCAUGGCGCAACCCCUGAACCAGAGCCACCCACAAACAACUGGCAGCUCGAUAAAUGGCUAAACAAAGUCACUUCACAUAAGUCAACUAUUAAUAGACAUGGUGAAGAUCAUACCCAUAGUGCCCUGCAGUCUGAAAGUAGACAAGAUACUAGCUUGCACAACAAAGUUGUAGUCAAUGAUAAUUUUCUCCAGUCAGACUCCAAAGAAAUAUUGCCAGUCAGUCCCAUAAAGGAUAAAACCAAGCCAAGGCUUACCCAGAAAAUCCAGGAAACCAAAUGCAUGAAGCAGACAUCACCCAGUCAUGAUGAGGUGACAACACAAUGUAGUACUGUAAGCAAGCAACCUAAAAAAGUAGAAAGGAUAUCUGGUAUUGAUGAGUAUGUCUGGCCCAAACCAAAUGCUUCAAGCAGUCCCUCCAGUGAAACAGAAGUACGGACAUCGGGGGAUGCAUCCAAAGUAUGGCUGAAGGGAAGUACUUGUAAAACUCUUCCACCGAAAGUAUGGACUACUGCAGGGACCAUUUCUGACAAAAGGAAACACAGAGGACCUAGCAAAAAUAUUGCUAAAACCUGUGAGCUUUUAGAUACAGAUGUAUCCUCUGACACAGCUUCUGAGGAAGAAAAAGUAUCAAUACUUACAUUAGUCCCUACUUAUACUGGGGCCGGUAUCUCUGCAAAAAACAAAAAUUCAAGCAGUGACAACAUUAGUGUAAGUUGCUUAACUUGUAACAACACUUCCUUCACAGAUCAGAUCAACAGUGAUGCAGAAGAGCUACUGUUUUCACCAGCUGCAGAGACACAGACGAAACUCCAUUCCCCUCUUAGAGAAUUUGAAGAAAUUAAAUAUCUCUGGGUAAAAAUAGACCUCAGUUUAUUGUCAAGGAUACCUGGGCAGAAACCAAAUGAGACUAUUUCUACAAAAGAUGAUACUCAGAUUACAAAUUCUAAGCACAGAUGCCAGCCCCCAGUAAGAACUGGUGAGAAAGCAUCCAGCAAACCUAAAUGGAAACAUAAGGCUGAGUUGUUAGAUGUACUUAGUGAGAAUAAGAAACAGUGCCUUGAAAACGAUUCUACUGUGUCAUGUUCGCUCCUACCGUGCAUACGUCCCUUGCCAAAUAAAGUUGCGCGAUGGAAAGAAACCACAUUAAAGAAGACAACAAAAAAACGAGAAGAAAAGCUGCAUGUUCAUCCAUUGUCACCAGCAUUAGAAGAACCAGUCCUGGUCAAACAAAACACUAAGAGCACUUCCUUCAGUCAUGAAAGUACCAGUAGGAAGAGCUUAGAAAAUACUGUCUCCAUAUUAUCAUCACUAUCUUGUAAAUAUCGAAAAAAUGAAAAAUCAGUAUGUCACACAAAUGGUGUUAAUCCACAAAAUGAAGACGAUUCCUGUAAUAUUCAGCCAAACAGCCUCCAUAACAACAGUGAAACAGAGACCAGUAUUCCGUGUACAGAGCCCUUAUUGCCUGUUCAGAAUUUAGAAGAUAUCAGCACAAAACUAACUUUUGAUGACAAGCUUCACGGUGCCGAUUACUAUAUGCAAGAAGCGAAGAAACUAAAACACAAAGCUGACGCAUUGCUAGAAAAAUUUGGCAAAGCGGUGAACUACGCUGAUGCUGCCCUUUCAUUCAUUGAAUGCGGGAAUGCUAUGGAGCGAGAUCCAUUAGAGGCAAAAUCACCAUAUACAAUGUACUCUGAGACAGUCGAACUCAUCAGGUAUGCUAUAAGGCUCAAAAAUUUGACAGGCUUGAGUGCUACAGAAACAGACAAGAAACUUGCAGUUUUGUGUUAUCGCUGCCUAGGGCUCCUCUACUUUCGAAUGUUUAAAUUAAAGAAGGACCAUGCCAUGAAAUACUCCAAGUUGUUAACAGAAUAUUUUAAGAAUUCAUCAAAAACUUCACAGGCCCCUUCACCCUGGGAAUCAAAUGGAAAGAUCACUGGACCGUUGUCCCCCUCAUCCCUUACCGCAUCGCCUAUCAGUUCUGCUGGAAGUAAUACCAUCACUGCAGGGUACUCCAGCAGUGCAGGAGCUAUCGCUGUUCCUCAGCGCAUCCAUCACAUGGCUGCGAGCCACAUCAAUAUAACCAACAACCUCCUGCACAGUCACGAGCACUGGGAUACAGCUGACAAGCUGACUCGAGAAAAUAAAGAGUUUUUCGAAGACCUAGACACUGAGAUGGGACCUUUAACACAACAAAGCAGCAUGACCAGUUUAGUUCGAUAUGUCCGACAAGGACUACACUGGUUGCGAACUGAGGGCAAUAUAUUAUAGUAAUUGUCACAUACACUAAGGUCAGUAGUGCUGUGACAGUAUACAGACAAUUUUUGGUGGCAGUCCUCACAUUUUUGACAGUUUUCUGGAUUUUAUAUGUAUCAAGGCAUCUUUUUUAUACCUUACAAAAGAACCAGAAAUCAGUAUGAAUGGUGACAGCAUCUCUUUGGCCACUGCAGUGUUCCAGUUGCUCAGAUUUGUACACAGUGCUGCUUUUCUAUGGUGCCAUUUUACUAUCCUGUUCCAAAUGGUACAUUCCUGCAAAUACUUUUUGAAAUUCACACUGCCUUUAAUUGAUCAGGAACAUACUGUGUGAAGAUGUCAAUGGCUGUGAAGAAAAAUAAAGCAUCCUAAACUAGAUAAAAGCUCACGCUGUUGCAUAUCAGGAGAUAAAGGCUUUAAAUGUUAAUGUGUUCCCAUUUAAAUCGUUGUGAAAUAACUUUCCACAAUUACAUGUUUCUCAUCCA